AUGACAGUCUCACCAUUGUCGGACCCAGAUGUUGAAAAGGCUCUAUCCCAGAUCAAUCCUUCGCAGCAGCAUUCUCUCCACGACAAUGUCGAUAAGAAAGACCAGCUUGCGCGAAUCUACCGCAAAAUCGACAUCCGCAUCUUACCCAUGGUCGCGCUAAUCUAUCUGCUCUGCUAUCUCGAUCGGUCGAAUAUCGUUUCUUCUGCAGGCAACGCGGAGGUCCUCAACUCUAACACGAAUGAUGACCUCCUCCACGCCACCGGCUUGACAGAGUACCAGUACCGCGUGGCGCUGAUGCUGUUUCUCGUCGCUUACUCGCUGCUCGAAGCCCCGAGUAACCUUGCCAUGAAGGUGUUUUCGCCGCCGAUAUGGCUCGCCUUCCUCGUCGCCUCCUUUGGCGCCCUCUGCGCCGGCCUCGGAGGCGCGCAAAACCCCCAGACUGUCAUGGCGCUGCGGUUCCUGCUCGGUAUGGCCGAGGCGGGCGUUUUUCCCGGAAUGAUCUUCUACCUCAGCUUCUGGUAUGGCCCGCGAGAGCGAGCUAGUCGGAUUGCUGUGUUUCUGUGCAGUGCGACGCUAGCCGGUGCGUUUGGAGGUGCUAUUGCCUACGGCGUUGGCCAUAUGAACGACGCUGGCCGCCUGCAGGCCUGGCGAUGGCUGUUCAUCCUCGAGGGAUGCCCGUGCAUCGUCUGCGCCGUGCUGAUCCUGCUCGUCCUGCCGCGGUACCCGGAAACAGCGACGUGGCUGUCCAGCGAGGAGAAGGAGAUCCUGCUAGCUUCGUUUGGAGAGAAUGUGUCCAAGGGACACGACCACCUCAAUUGGACCGACGCCAAAGACACGCUGAUGCAAGCCCGCCUCUGGGUGCACUACUUCACCUAUCUCCUGCUCGGCAUCGGCGUCUCCUCGCUGUCCCUGUUUGCGCCCACUAUCGUCCAGGAUCUGGGAUAUAGCGGGCUCGAUGCGCAGCUGUUCACCAUCCCGCCGUAUGCCUGUGCCUAUGUCUUUACGCUCGUGCUAGCACUGUUGUCUGAUCGAUAUGCGUGUCGUGGGCCGAUAAUUGCUGGCUGUUUUGUCUUUGGGGGUGUAGCUUUUACGAUUGCUGCCUCCAUCCCUUCCCCCUCCCUCCACCUCCGCUACGCCAUGCUCGUCCUCGCCACCUGCUCCGUCUUCGGCGGCCUCCCGCCUCUCUGCGCCUGGGUCUCAGACAACGUGCGUACCACGACCGCCGCCUCGCUCGCCUCGGGCCUGAACAUCGCCUUCACGGGGCCCGGCCAGAUCAUUGGCGUCUGGAUCUAUAGAAAUGACCAGGCGCCGCGGUUUCAGUUGGGUCAUGCCGUUAAUGCGGUGAGUUUGUUUGUUGGUGCGGCGAUGGCGACGGGGUUGUGGUUGAGGUAUCGGUGGCUGAAUAUGAGGAUGGGUGUGGGAAUGGGGGUGGAGAGGUGGGUUGCUUGA